AUGACGACAGAAGAAGCAGCGGUAGAUUCUAAAACAGGGAUCAAACUGGCACUGGACCCGAAUUUAAUUACAUUGGCACUUGGUUCUAAUCCCAACUCUAAUCUGCAUUCACCAACAUCAGGGGAACCUGUAUCAGAAUCUGCAGGAAAGCCAGAUGCUAGUUCUCACUUGGAAGGUGAUGAAGUUGAAAAUAAAACCAAGAAAGAUAAUGAUAAAAGGUUGAAAUUUUUAAAGAAUAAAGAUUCUUUAGUCAGCAAUCCACACGAAAUUUAUGGUUCUAUGCCAUUAGAGCAAUUGAUUCCGAUCAUUUUAAGACAGCGUGGACCAGGCUUUAAAUUUGUCGAUCUGAAUGAAAAAGAAUUGCAAAAUGAGAUUAGUCAACUUGACAAUAAUAGUAAUACCAGUCGCAACAACGAAAAGGAGGACACUAAUGCGACCAAUGAAGAAGUGCAAGUUGGAGAAGAUUUUAUGGAAGUGGAUUAUGAAGAUAAAGAUGAUGCAGGGAAUCUAAAGAACGAAACAGAACACAAUGCGAAUGAAAAUGGUGAUACAGAUAAUACUGUUGAAACAAUAAUGACACAAGAACAGUUUGUUAAGAGGAGGAGAGAUAUGCUAGAGCAUAUAAAUUUGGCUAUGAACGAAUCAUCCCUAGCUUUGGAAUUUGUUUCUCUGCUGCUAUCGGGUGUUAAAGAGUCCACAGGUAUUUCAUCAAUGUCACCAUUUCUCAGAAAAGUUGUUAAACCUUCUAGUUUAAACAGCGAAAAAAUUCCGUAUGAAGUUCCUACAAAGAAAGAGUACAUCGAGUUAGAUAUUUUAAAUAAAGGUUGGAAGCUACAGAGUUUGAACGAAUCUAAAGAUUUAUUACGUGGAAGUUUCAAUAAUUUAAGUUCCAUAUUAAAAAACGAACAUGACUAUUGGAAUAAGAUAAUGCAAAAUAUUAGUAAUAGGGAUGUCAUUUUCAAAAUUAGGGAUAGAUCUAGUGGUCAAAAGCUGUUGGCAAUCAAGUAUGGUUAUGAGGACUCGGGGUCUACUUAUAGACAUGAUAGAGGUAUUGCUAAUAUAAGGAAUAAUAUAGAAUCGCAAAAUUUGGAUUUGAUACCUCACAGUAAUUCAGUAGUUAAAGGUACCGAUUUCCUGCAUUCAGUAAAGAAGUUUCUAAGGAUUCGUAUCUUCACAAAAAUUGAAUCAGAAGAUGAUUAUAUAUUAAGCGGUGAAAGUGUCAUGGAUAGAGACGGUGAAAACGAAGAAACUGAGGUAACAAAUAUUAGAAACCAGAUUCAAAUCCUGAAAAAAAUCAUUUUCGAAAAAGAGCUGAUGUAUCAGAUAAAGAAAGAGUGCGCUUUGUUGAUUUCUUAUGGUGUCAGUAUUGAAAAUGAAAAUAAAGUAAUAAUUGAACUGCCUAAUGAAAAAUAUGAAAUUGAGUUAUUGUCCCUUGAUGAUGACUCUAUAGUAAAUCAUGAGCAAGAUUUACCAAAGAUCAACGACAAGAGAGCCAACUUGAUGCUCAUUAUGUUGAGAUUGUUAUUAGUUGUCAUGUUCAAAAAAACUUUGUUGUCUAGAAUAAGCUCACCCCAUCGACUAAUCAAUUUGAAUGUUGACGAUGAUAUCCUAAUAAUUCGCCCCAUCCUUGGUAAAGUUCGAUUUGCAAAUUACAAGCUGCUGCUAAAAAAAAUCAUAAAGGAUUACGUGCUCGAUAUAGUUCCCGGCUCAAGUAUAACCGAGGCAGAAGUAAAGAGGGAAGAGCUUCAGGAAAACAAAAACAUUGACGAUGAAAACAUAACAACAUUGUAUAAGGAGAUCCGUGCCUUCGACAAACUAUUGAAUAUACCCAAACGAGAACUUAAGAUAAACUUACCAUUAUCUGAGCAUAAAACCCCCAGUCUAAGUUUAAUUCUUGAGAGUCCUAACUACUGUAAUGCGCUGAUCCACAUCAAAUUUGAAGAUAGUGCAGAAGCCAAUGCGGUGGCCUUUAACACAACAUUUUCUGACUUUAAGGAGGUAGAGGAUUUCUUACAUUUUAUUGUUGCUGAAUUCGUCCAACAGAAGAAGAUGUAA